ACGGUGGCAGGCGGCGGGAGCCGAAUUGCGUGCAGAUCGCAACCCGGGUCAGUCCAGGAAAAGGGCCAUUUCCCUCCGUGGGGCUUCCGAUCUCCAAAAAUACAAGCAAAAAAAGCAGCCCUUUGUCAGCGCUAAGGCGUGCGCUUGAAUCCCUUCUUCCUAAAACGCCCCCGAAAGAAUCGAAAGGCAGAGGCGGCGUUUAGCCCUCGGGUUCAUCCUCUUCAUCGCGGGAUUCCCAGGUAUCAUGGUCAUGAAGGCAUCAUUGGAAGAGGACGAUUCGGAAUGGGAGCUCAGCAUUCCCGAAAAGCUGGAAAAAAACGAUGCAAGUUGGGUAGACAUCACCCAGGAUUUCGAAGAGGCUUGUCGAGAAUUGAAGUUGGGUGAACUGCUUCAUGACAAACUCUUUGGACUUUUUGAAGCCAUGUCUGCUAUUGAAAUGAUGGAUCCCAAGAUGGAUGCUGGUAUGAUCGGAAAUCAGGUCAAUAGAAAAGUUCUCAAUUUUGAACAGGCAGUCAAGGAUGGUACAAUUAAAAUUAAAGACCUAACCUUGCCCGAGUUAAUAGGGAUAAUGGAUACGUGUUUUUGCUGCUUGAUUACGUGGUUAGAAGGUCAUUCCUUGGCCCAGACGGUGUUCACAUGUCUUUACAUCCACAAUCCAGACGUCAUAGAUGAUCCUGCCAUGAAAGCCUUUGCUCUGGGAGUCUUAAAAAUCUGUGAUAUUGCAAGGGAAAAAGUAAACAAAGCUGCUGUUUUUGAAGAGGAAGAUUUCCAGUCCAUGACUUAUGGGUUUAAAAUGGCUAACAAUGUAACAGAUCUGCGAGUAACAGGCAUGCUAAAAGAUGUAGAAGAUGACAUGCAAAGAAGAGUAAAGAGCACUCGAAGUCGGCAAGGAGAAGAGAGAGAUCCGGAUGUUGAACUGGAACAUCAGCAGUGUCUGGCAGUUUUCAGCAGAAUGAAAUUUACCCGGGUAUUGUUGACAGUUCUCAUAGCUUUUACUAAAAAAGAGGCGAGUGCUGUCUCAGAGGCCCAGAAACUGAUGAAUCAAGCAGCAGAUCUUCUUUGUGCGGUUCACAACUCAUUACAUCACGGCAUCCAGGCUCAGAAUGAUACCACAAAAGGAGAUCAUCCGAUCAUGAUGGGGUUCGAACCUCUCGUCAACCAGAGGCUGCUUCCUCCGACCUUCCCUCGAUAUGCAAAGAUCAUUAAACGGGAAGAAAUGGUCCACUAUUUUGCCAAACUUAUAGACAGGAUAAAAACAGUCUGUGAAGUGGUCAACCUAAUUAAUUUACACUGCAUACUGGAUUUUUUCUGCGAAUUUAGCGAACAAUCACCCUGUGUCCUGUCUAGAUCGCUAUUACAGACGACUUUCCUUGUGGAUAACAAAAAGGUCUUUGGGACUCACCUCAUGCAAGACAUGGUCAGAGAUGCACUGCGGUCUUUCGUCAGCCCCCCAGUGCUGUCUCCUAAGUGUUGUCUAUACAAUAAUCACCAGGCUAAGGACUGCAUCGACUCCUUUGUUACUCACUGUGUUCGGCCGUUCUGCAGCCUCAUUCAGAUCCACGGACAUAACCGGGCUCGACAGAGAGAUAAACUGGGCCAUAUACUUGAGGAAUUUGCUACUUUGCAGGAUGAGGCAGAGAAGGUAGAUGCAGCCCUUCACAGUAUGCUGUUGAAACAAGAACCCCAAAGGCAACAUUUGGCUUGCUUAGGUACUUGGGUUCUUUAUCAUAACCUCCGCAUCAUGAUACAAUACCUUCUGAGUGGCUUUGAAUUGGAGCUCUACAGCAUGCACGAAUACUACUACAUCUAUUGGUAUCUGUCCGAGUUUCUUUAUGCCUGGCUGAUGUCAACUUUGAGUCGUGCUGAUAGCUCUCAAAUGGCGGAAGAAAGGAUAAUGGAAGAGCAGCAGAAAGGUCGAAGUAGUAAAAAAACCAAGAAAAAGAAGAAAGUUCGCCCACUGAGCCGAGAAAUCACCAUGAGCCAGGCCUAUCAGAACAUGUGCGCUGGGAUGUACAAGACCAUGAUAGCUUUUGACAUGGAUGGCAAAGUGAGAAAACCCAAGUUUGAACUGGACAGCGAGCAAGUCCGAUACGAACACAGAUUUGCUCCGUUCAACAGUGUCAUCACCCCACCCCCGGUACACUACUUGCAGUUCAAGGAAAUGUCUGACCUCAAUAAGUACAGUCCUCCUCCUCAAUCUGCCGAUCUGUAUAUGGCCGCCAGCAAGCACUUCCAGCAGGCCAAGAUGAUACUGGAGAACAUUCCGAGCCCGGACAAUGAGAUCAAUCGAAUUUUAAAAGUUGCCAAACCCAACAUUGUGGUCAUGAAGUUGUUGGCUGGAGGACACAAGAAGGAAUCCAAGGUACCGCCAGAAUUUGACUUCUCCGCCCACAAGUACUUUCCCGUGGUGAAGUUGCUUUGAAAGGACUCAAAAACUGAUCCUGAAGAGGGGUAGAACUUGUACUCCGGACCCCACUCCAAGCAGGCAUUCAUUCGACUCUCAAGCGUACCCCACUUGCAAUGGACAUCUAGACACAGAUCCAGCCAUUCUGUGGAGUAUUUUUAACCUCAUCAUGUAAUAGGACCUGAAUGAAGCUGCUCUUUUAAAGUGGUUUGUGCUAUGGUUCCAUGGGUAAAAGUGAUUUUAUGGAAUGCAUUCUGAACAACAUUAUUUUAUUUGGUUUGUUACAGAUUUAAAUGAGUGAAUUUUUUUUUAAAUAACUGCUGAAUGAAAAAAAAUGACGGUCAUGAUUAAUAAAACUAAUGAUGGGCAAUGUGCUGAUUAUGCCAGAAUACCCCA